GCUGUCAUAAGUGUACGGAAGUAGCAUGCUUUCUCCAGCAGCACCGGAGCAGUAAGGGUUUUACCGGUUGAUGUCACGCUACCACUGUACUACUUGUCCUAUUCUGUGAACAAACAGAGCCAUACUCGCUUUAUUAGACCGUGUGUUUUACACUGUAAAUCAUUUAGAAUUUUAUUUAUUUUUGCCCAAAACACUGAAGACAGGAUGGAAGGGAAGUUGACAGGUGAACCAGAAAAAUGUAAAUAUCACGAAUCGCCGUUGCCAUCCUUGCCAGAAAAUAAAGAAAAAGAGCUAAUUACCAACCACCAAUCCAAUCGAGACCCUAAUUGUGGAACCGACGUAGCUCGUGCAAGAUGGACUCUCCUACGACAGGUGCUGAGACAGAAACAGCUGGAUAGUGCAGACUCGGAGGUCAAGCAGGUGUCUGUCCGGAGAUUCUCCUCCUUCAACCUGUUCAACAAAACCAGUGUCAUGCACCAAGAGACCGAUGACCCCUCCGAAGGCCAGUGGGUGGAAUACACAAGUGCUUCCUUCCCAGAGUUCAGUGCCUUUCUCAGAGAUAACCUCGGGCCCAUCAGAGUGAAUGAGGUUCUCAACAGUUUUGACAAUACAGGGAAUGUCUGUGUAUGGCCCUCUGAGGAGGUGAUGGCCCACUACUGCCUCAAGAAACGCCACAUGUUCAGGGGUGCAGUGUGUGAGUUGGGAGGAGGGAUGACCUGUCUAGCAGGGCUCAUGAUUGCCAUUUGUGCUGACGUGAAGGAAGUUCUGUUAUCAGAUGGGAACGAGAAGGCUAUUCAGAAUGUGCGUGGAGUCAUUGAGAGAAACAGGCAGGCCGGUGUCUUUGGCACCACAGAUGUUUCCAGCAGAGUGGUCAGGUGGGACUGUGAAACAGAUGUCACAGCGCUGGAGGGACACUUUGACAUCGUCAUGUGCGCAGACUGCCUGUUUCUGGACCAGUACAGAGGCAGCCUGGUUGAUGCAAUAAGGAGAUUACUGCGACCAGACGGUACAGCCCUGGUGUUUGCCCCCACUAGAGGAGACACUCUGGGGGAGUUCUGUCAGCUGGCCGAGGGGACGGGGCUCCAAGUCUGUCGCUAUGAGAAGUAUGAUGAACAGGUGUGGGAUCUCCACUUAAAGAUGCAGAUUGGAGGGAAGGAGGCAUAUGAUGACAACAUCCACUACCCUCUCCUCAUCACCCUGACCCGAGGAGCCAGCCCCACCCAUCUUCAUCUCCUCUGAGACCCGGCUCACCAUCCUCCCCUCGCUGCCCAGCCUCUUGCCAAUCAGACUCCCAGGGUUAGAGUUAGGCCGUCCAACUUCCUGGCAGUCCUGCACACCAGUACUUAUGCCACUGUGUCCCUGGCUCACAUAGGGGUCGCGGUUGAUGAGAUACAAGCUUGGUGAUGAAUUGUUUGAUUUGUUUCCAGUAUAUAUUUCUUGUAUUAACUCCACUCACACUGUUGUGAGUUCAGUAUUACUAUUACAUAACAUUACAGAAUAGUUUUUUCUUGACUUUUGGAAGUUUUGUGGCAACGCUUUGAAGCGUGUGUGUGUUGUGAUGAUGAGAUGUUGUGGCUGAAUCGGUCUCUGAUCACUUGCGACCUUGUUACUGUGCAAUACAACAAUGUGCGAUGUGCAAAACCGAAUGGUGGAGAUUUCAGGUUUCCCUCGCAGCCUCAAUGAACUGUCAACACUGAGAGGGCUGAAGUAUCUUUCACUAACAGUCUAUGAUGAACUUUUAAUAUAUUAAUCAACAGGGUUCAGGUCACUUCGAUCCAUGCCCAGUACCCAUCCGAACAAGUGUUUCUGAGUGCACAUCAAACUGAAAAUGUUCUUCUGAUUUGUCAUCUAUGCUCUGCAGAAGUGUCUUAAACCAAAGGUUCCAUGGCAGGGUUCCACAGAGUUGAAUGGCGAUAUGUGGUUCACUGUGAAAAGUGCUUCUCAGCCAAUACCUCUCUGAGGUUGAGUUUCCCAAAAGCUUCGUAGGACCCAGAUCUGUAGACCUGAUCGGUUGCCUACAAAGCUUCCAAUUGCCUCCAAUGGAUUUUCGGAGAUCUUAAUGCUGCGAAGCUUUUAAGAAACUCACACCUGGUCUCUUGCUCAAUGCGCUCAGCUCUAUAAGCCAAGACCUUCUACACUGUCUCCAACUGUUACUGUGAGAUUAACAUGAACAACAUGAUUCCACAAACUCACUGCUAUAUUUGACGUUUGUCCAUAAAACGCAAACAUCAAGUAUUAUUUUUACCCACCACUCAGCAUUAUGGUCUUCAGCUGACUCUGGUCUACCGAAGCUGUGCUCUUUACAUCCACCAACCUGUACUCUAACCACAAUUGUAUUAGACAUGGAUUGAUUGAUUGUUUUAUUAGAGUCUCAGGUGGUUUUAAUAACUGUCCACUAAAAACAUACUGCUAUACAUUACAGUCCUCUACUUUUAGAACUAAUGUUCUGUUCUGUUUUAAUAAUAAUACCCUCCGAAAAUAACAUUGUCAUAGUUGGGAUAUAAAAGUUUUAACCCUUUUUGGACCCCAGGAAGAGUUCAUGGGGAUCCUAAUAAAUACAAAAGAACAUGUCAAAA